AUGAUUGUGGACGGCAAUAAACAGAAGGCAGGCAAAGUCGUUGUAGUGGGAGAUGGUGCAUGUGGAAAGACAUGCUUGCUGGAAGUGUUUAGGAGGAAUCAGUUCCCGAAGGUUUACAUUCCCACAGUAGUGGAUAAUUUUAUAAAAGACAUUGAGGUUGAAAAAGAUAAGCAAGUCUCGUUGGCUGUAUGGGACACCGCAGGACAGGAGGACUAUGACACAAUACGGCCUCUUUCAUACAGAGAAACAGACAUUGUGCUGCUAUGCUACACAAUAGAAGACAACAAGAAAAUCUCAAAUAUAUCAAGAAAGUGGCUGAUGGAGAUACGGAACUACUGCCCGAAUUCAAAGUUCUUUCUGAUAGGAUUGAAAAAGGACAUGCGAGAUACCGAAGAUCCAACAUUCGAUAAGUCUUCGAUGGUGACUGAGGCAGAGGGUAGAGCAUUGGCCGAAAAGAUCAAUGCAUUGAAGUUUUUUGAAUGCUCAGCACUUACAGGCGAAAAUGUAGAUCUUGUGUUCCUUGAGGCUGCAAAGUAUAUUUGGGACACGAAGAAAAUAGCCUCAGAUGCUGGAUCAUGCGGAUUUCUUCCUUGUAUUGGAUGUUGUUACAGAUAA